AUUGCACAGUAACCGUCCGAUUAGGCGAUUAUCAAAAAAAUCUCAACAUAAAUUCCGUUCCAAAAGGAAUCCCUAAUUUUAUCAGUUUAAUUCGAUUUCAAUCAAAUUUUUGUUCUUCAGAUUCUGGAGAAAUAAAAAAAAAAUUCAUUCUCAAAGGCUGGAAUUGCAAAAGAAAAACCCUAUACAAGAUUGGUGAUUUUUGUUUUGUUCUUUAUUGAUAUUAAUUAUGAGAUUCACAAAAGGGAGUAGAGUAGAGGUUUUUAGCACGAAGUACGUUCCAAUGGGCGCUUGGCUUUGUGCUGAAAUAAUCAGUGGGAACGGCCAUACUUAUAGUGUCCAGUAUGGCUGGUUUCCGUUGAAUGAGGAAGAAGUAGUAGUGGAGAAAGUUGCUAGAAAGGUAAUUAGGCCUUGUCCUCCUCCUGUGCAAGGGGAGGUCCGUUGGGUUCUUGGUGAUCUUGUUGAGGUGUUUGAUGAUUGUUCGUGGAAAACUGCAAAAAUUGUGAAAGCUAUUGGUGAUGAUAACUUUUUGGUUAGGAUACUUGGUUUGUCUAAGAGUCUGCUGGUUCAUAAAUCUCAUUUAAGGGUUCGGCAGUACUGGCAAGAUGGUGAAUGGAUCGUAAUUGGGAAGGGUAAAGAAAUCAGUGCUAAACGACAGAAAAUUGGAAAGUCAAAGCAAUAUGUUGGAGAUAUGUAUUUUCAUGGGGAGAAAAAUAUCGAAAAUCAAAACUCACAUAUGGUUUCAACAAGGACAUUGAAGAGAAAAUUAUCCGUAGGCUCGUAUGAACCUGAAGCUCAUCUGGUUUACGCUCCAAAGAGGAGACAAAUUGAAAAAAGAGUUAGUUAUCCACAGACAAACUCAGUGAUUCCUUCUCCAACUUUUGAAAAGGUAGAUUCAAUUGUUGAUCCAAAUGUAAAUUUUGGUGAAAAAAUUGUGUGCUCAUCUUUUAAUAUUGCAACAGCUGAGUUUUCUAGGAUGGAUGCAGGUUGUGGAAGUGAUAGUUCUCUUGUAGACUCCACAAUUUCUGUGCAGGAUGAUAGUUGUGCAUCGUCUGUUGGCAGCUGUAGUAAUAGUGCAAUAGGUUAUGAUGCUCAUAACUUGCCUUUAAGUUUCUCUUCACAAUAUACUGACAAUUUAGGGGAUUACUGUAGUGAUGCUGAAUCAUCUUCUGGAGUUGAUUAUGUCAGGGAAGGAUGUUUCUCUUUCAAUUUGCAAUUGGGGGUAGAAUUCCGUAAGUCAGAACAACAGAAAUAUUGUUCUAUAGUUGAGGAUUUAUAUGCUUCAGGGCCUUUGAGUUGGGAAGACGAAGAAAAAUUGACAAAUCUUCGUCAUAUGCUUCAUAUUUCAGAUGACGAACAUUUAAAGCAUGUGGAGUUUAAGCUGAUGAAUAAGCUGCUUCACCAGCUCCAUACCAUGGCCACUGUUGGGGGCUUGCGUAUCUUGUUUGUAGAGGCCUCAUGUUGGAGGCUUGCUGCCUUGUUUGCAAAGGCCUUAAAGAUGACGAUUCAUUGGGUUAUUCUCAUAGUGGUUGUAAACCAAUGGUUGUAUCUGGCUGCCUGGCCUUUGAUGGUUUGUACUUUUUCCUUCGGACUAAAGCAAAGGAAUUCAAACUAUGAAACAGAGAAGCAAGCUGCUGCCUUUCAUGUUCCAAUGUAUGAGGGCCGUUGCUAUUCCUGUGGUUUGCUAUCUGCACUCCUUAUAGUUUAUAAAACAAUUUUGUUUUUGAUAUUCAUUUCAGUGAUAAUGUUUUAAACUCUUGUCUGGUUGGUAUGCUGAGGAGUUUUAUGGGGUAGAAUUAUUCAACUACUGUAUCCAGGACAUUCCAUGAGGACUGUCCAACGCUUGUAGUGUUUGCUUACAAAAGUUUCCACUUUACUUUUAGACGACGGAGAGUUAUCUAUACUUGAUUACUUGCUGAAAUUCUCGUCUCAAGCAGCCAUGGUGAUUUUGAUGAUUUUGCUUUCUAAAAAAUAUUGAUAGUCAUUAUCUGAGUUUGUUUUAUUGACCAGAAUUUGUGAAAUUUAUUUUUUGGCUCCUUAAGAUAUAAAAAUAAUCGUAGUGAUGCAAUCAGCUAUUACAAAUUAUCCAUUCUCUAUAAUUAUUUUGAAACAUUAUGGUCUUGCUUUGGUGAUUUGUUUAUAUGUUCAAGUUAUAUGGCUUGGUUUAAAAAUUUCAAUCUACGGUUUGGUCUAUAAACCUUACAUUGUUGUAAUUGCCAUUUUUUGAUAAUCUAGGGGCCAAGAUCAAUUAAAAAAGCUUAUCUUUUUCGUGGAUGUCCUUGAUAUGAUUUUUGUGAAUUUCUAAUUUUGUACAAAGGGUUUCAGUCCGCCAGCUCCAACAAUGGAAUUCAUGUUUGUGAUGUCCGCUCCUGUGUGUCUGUAUCUGUCUCUAUGUCCUCUGGGAUAACAAUGUAAUAGGUUAUACACAUUGUUAUCUUGUAUUUGCCAUGCCCAAACAUAGUGUUGCAGUGAUGACUUAAAUUUUAAAUUAUUUUAAAUGUUUUAAGUAACUAGCUCAGGAGACUCCAUUUAUACUGUACGUUGAGACUUCAGAUGCUUAAAAGAUGAGGAUCUAUACAUUAAAAAUGUUGGCUCUGUGACUUGCCGGUUUCUUCUGGUGUCGGUAAGUAUGUGAUCGAUCUGAUUGUUUACUUUGAUAUUGUGUAUCAUCUGAAACUAAUUGUGGUGCAGUUUGUGAUAUCGUUAUUUCACCUUCUGUUCAUUGUGGCAAUGGAUCCUCGACAAAGAAGGGAAGUAUACCAGGGCCAUGUGCUUGUGGACACCUUCCUCGAAGGAGCUAUUGAGUUUACUGGUCCAAGAGACAUUUUCAUUAUUUCAUUUGAGCAAUUUGUUUCUGCUGCAGUAAGCUGUAUUGCCAUGUUGUAAGAGUAUUGUUGUAUUGAGAUUGUUAAAGUGAGAAUUGGAGCUUCUUGUAUUGAUAUCUUCAUCUUGCGCACUAAACUUAUCUUUUCAGUA